UUUUGUAUAUUUGAGCUGGCGGUCUCUGUCAAUUUGUACUCUCCUUUCGCUUUUUACUAAAGGAGACCAGGCUUAGGUCGCAUAGUACAGCUCUUUAACCUAAUUUUUGUCGUCUCCCAAAGAGACGUUCUCCUUUAAAUAAACGUUUCUCUUUUUCUAAAAAAAAUUUUUUUUGCAUUGUCGUUGUCUUUUUCUACUUGUCUUUCGUUUUGCUCUUUACCGUUCAUUUUGUCAGCUGUAUUGCAUCACAUACAUUUGACAAUGUUCAGUUGCGUUGUAGUUGGUGGUAGUGGUUUUUUGGGGCAAGCACUUGUCCAACGUUUGGCUGUCAAUAAGAACAAGUGGGAACGAAUAGUUGUAUUUGAUAUCAAGAACGUGACUCAGUCACGAGGUACGGGUGCCGUAGUCUUUCAACAAGGCGAUAUUCGGAGACAAGACGAUCUCGUAGCUGCUUUCAAAGAUGCAAGUGUCGUAUUUCAUUGUGCCACUGCUGCACCUUCAGCUGAGAAUGCAAAAAAUAAGGAAAUUAUGUAUACUGUGAACGUGGAAGGCACUCGGAAUGUGAUCGAAGCUUGCAAGAUUUGUCACGUUCGUUCUCUUAUAUAUGUAUCGAGUGCUAGUGUUGUUUUCCGUGGACAAGAUCUGGAGGGAGUAGAUGAAAGUAUUCAAAUACCGAAACGACACGUGGAUUUUUACACGGAGACUAAAGCCAUUGCAGAACGUGCAGUGUUGGAUGCCAAUUCAUCCCAAUUGCAUACUUGUUGUUUACGUCCAAGUGGAAUAUUUGGAGAAAGGGAUCCUCUGUUUGUACCAACUUUGAUAAGCAAUGCUAGAAAAGGCAAAAUGAAAUAUUAUAUUGGUGAUGGUACAAAUCGCAUGGAUUGGACUUUUGUAGAUAACGUCGCUUAUGCUUUAGAGUUAGCUGCAGAUGGUCUUCAACAAAGUUCACAAAGAAUAGGCGGCCAAGUGUAUUUCAUUACCAAUGAUGAUGCUCGUCCUUUUUGGGGAUUCCUCGGUGAUAUUUUACAAGGCUUAGGGUAUGCCAGUCAUUCUUCUCAUGAACUGAUCAUAUCAUAUCAAGAACUUUGUAGGUAUUCUAGACCUACGAGGAGAUUGCCCUUCUGGUUGAUAUAUAUUCUCUCGUGGUUAUUCUUAUGGUUUAGUCGUCUUAUUUCUCCUUGGAUACAAUUGGAAAGCGAUUUCACUCCAUUUCGAAUCUUAUUAUCCGUUCGGAAUAGGAGAGUGAGUUGUGAAAAGGCAAAACGAGAACUUGGAUAUAAGCCUAUUGUAUCCAUGGAAGAAGGUUUACAAAGAACUAUUGCAUACUUUUCAUUUCUUAGAAACCCAUAAAGAGUAUCCAAAAAAAGUUAUAUUCUCUCAACCAAUGGAUAGAUAAUAUAAAAUACCAUGUCUCCAUCUUGUAUAUAAUAUAUUUGUCUGUCUGUCAUGCCUAAUAAACAUCCAAAAAGAGAAUUUCUUCGCAUUUCCGUUGAGUCCUUUU